CGUUUUCUAUUUCUUGAAUAAGUCAGCAACGGUUUUAGGUCCUUAUCACAAAAAGAAACACAGUAUUCAUAUCUUAUAUGGAGCAUUAAGCCGUCUAUAAAAUUGAUAUUUAUAUCAUGUAUGAUUCACCGAAGAACUUUUAAUCAGAGGGCACGCCACACCAUGAAUAUUGCUAGCUUGUAUGACUCGUAGGUCCCUUCUUCGCCGCACCACUCUCUCCUCUUUCACCACGCUCACCAACUGUUCGAUCAAAUUCGUUCCCUUAAAAGUUCCAGGUAACUUUUUAUUGGAUGAUUCUCAUUCGUCUCAUAUGGGCAUUCUCUUUUGACGCAAUUACUCAGUUACAGGUCAUGGGACGAUCAGAAGAGGGAGUCGAAAAUGGAGGUUGCAAUAAGGAAACACAGAAGAAAGUGAUGUUGAUUUUCUUGUCAUCGUUCUUGGUUAGCAUGGUAGGAAGCUUUCUGCUUGGAUGGUGGAUUCACAAGUAUCAUCCUACAAACAGUGAGCUCUGGAUGGUGCCUGUUGGCCUCAUUCUGUCUGUCACACCAGUCAUUGUAGGCCUUUCUUUGGUCAUUUCUAGUCCAAGCUUUUCCCGGAGAGAAGAAGAAGAGAUUUUUUACCGAGGGUCUUCUACCGUAAUGUUCCCAGAAACUCCUUCCUGCCUCAAUGAUUCUCUUCCAACUUUUUCAAAUGCAUGACGUUUGCUUUCCAAUAAUGCAGUGAGUCCUUGGUUUUUUUUUUUUUUUUUUUGGCUAGCCAAUGAGCAAUGAUGUAGUAUGUUGAAAAAGCAACCUAUAUUCUUCUUCUUUUUCUCCUCCUCCUUUUGUUGGCCAAAGCAACUUAUAUUAUUCUUAAACAAAAGCAGAAAAAACAAAAAUGUAUAAAAAAUUAUUAUUUUUCUUCUUAUUUUAUUUGAUUGACUUUCAUAAUUAUU